AUGACUAAACAGUUUGCGCACUCAUCGAUAGGUGACAGAAGGUCAUCAAUCGUAUACUCGACGAGUGUUGGGAAAGCUGGAUUGUACACGCCAGCGGACUACAUUCCAUGUAAUGAAGAUGAUGCUUUUAGGGAUGAGGAUGAGGAAGAAGAAGAGUUAGCACCUGUUUCCUCGAAUGCUCAGCAUGAGUAUGAGUCCUUAUUAGAUGCGAAUAACGCUAGGACCUUGCAACGGGAAGCGCAACAAGGCAUGACUGAGGAUGAAUAUGAAGCUAGGAGGGAAUUGAUUGAUGAAGAGAGGGACCUACUUAUAGACAACAAGAUCCUGGAGGACCGUAGGGGUUCUGGAGCAGGUGGUGCCGGGUAUGGUGCCGUAGAAAGCUCUUCAGAAGUUAUGAAUGCAUGGGAACAGGCGAUUGAAAAUGGUAAGAGAAUCACUACAAGUUAUAAGAGGGAAACACAGGUCUUGGGAGUGAACGCUUUACCGCUAGUAUUUACGUUUGUCUUGCAAAAUUCAUUGUCUCUGGCUUCGAUUUUUUCCGUGUCGCAUUUGGGGACUGCAGAGCUUGGUGGUGUCACUUUAGGGUCUAUGACUGCUAACAUUACUGGUUUAGCGGCGAUCCAGGGUCUUUGUACGUGUCUAGACACUCUCUGUUCGCAGGCGUACGGUGCAAAAAACUAUCAUUUGGUGGGUAUAUUUAUUCAGCGUUGUGCUGUGCUAACGAUAUUGGCCUUUUUGCCCAUCAUGUACAUUUGGCUAUUCUGGUCAGAAACUAUAUUGAACUGGCUGAUCCCGGACCCUCACUUGUGUGAGUUAGCGGCACGUUACUUGCGUGUAGCGGCAUUUGGUGUUCCAGGAUUCAUUUUAUUCGAAUGUGGCAAAAGAUUUUUACAGUGCCAGGGAAUUUUCCAUGCUUCCACUAUCGUUUUGUUCUUUUGCGCACCUUUGAAUGCCUUGAUGAACUACGUCCUGGUUUGGGACAAAAGAUUAGGUAUUGGUUACUUGGGGGCUCCACUCUCUGUCGCUAUAAAUUAUUGGUUAAUGGCUAUUGGUUUGCUAUUGUACACUAUCUUUACCGAUCAGGAGAUUAAUCCAAUGAAGUGCUGGAACGGCUUCAUUAAGCCUAACAGAGUAUUUAAGAAUUGGAGAAAAAUGUUCAGUUUGGCUUUACCUGGUAUUCUCAUGGUGGAGACAGAAUUCUUGGGGUUUGAGAUUUUGACUGUUUUUGCAUCACACCUGGGUUCAGCUCCAUUGGGCGCCCAAUCCAUUGUUUCCACGGUGGCAUCAUUAGCAUACCAGGUUCCAUUCUCGAUCUCUGUCUCUACUAGCACCCGAGUGGCCAACUUCAUCGGUGCAUCGCUGUACGAGAGCUGUAUUAUCACAUGCAAGGUUUCGUUGCUCUUGUCAUUCGCCUGCUCCUCAUUCAACAUGUUUCUCAUAUUUUUUUUCAAGAAUCAAAUUGCAAGGUUGUUCUCCACCGAACCUGACGUGGUCAACUUGGUCAUUUCAACCUUACCAAUAUUAGCCUUCAUGCAAUUGUUUGAUGCAUUCAAUGCAUCUACAGCAGGAUGUCUACGUGGUCAAGGUAGACAAAAAAUCGGUGGUUACAUUAAUAUGAUCGCCUUCUAUUGCAUCGGUAUCCCAAUGUCCUACCUGUUGGCAUUUCAUUUCAAGAUGAAUGUCGGUGGACUAUGGGUUGGUAUCACAUGCGCUUUGGUGACUAUGAGUGUUUGCCAAGGGUUUGCUGUCUUCCAUUGCGACUGGCUCGAAAUUAUACAUGCCGCCAAGAGUAACAAUGCCGAAGCAUCAAGAGCAUAG